GUUGCUUGAACGUCUUUUCCUUGGUGCCUUGCUUAAUUAUUCUUCUGUUUCCUGCGUCCCUUGUCCUCCUCUUUUGCAUCUGGGACUUGCAGUCAUGAAGUUCCUCACACCGUCGCUACUGCUCUAUCUUUCGUUCCUCCUCAAUGACGUACCGAAGACACAAGCAAUACACCUACCGAUACAGGGCCGAAUAGGGGGGUUCGGUCACGGUGGGCUUGCAAGAAGGGCUAGCGUUACGGGUACUCCAGACUUGUCGAAUCAGGGGAACUUGCAAUACCAGACGAACAUUACCGUGAAUGGACAGCAGUUCCAGGUACUUAUUGACACCGGGAGCUCAGAUUUGUACGUUGUGGGAAAUGUGAACGGCGCGAAGGAUACUGGGAAGACUGGUUCAGUCACCUAUGCCAUUGGCUCCACGAAAGGCCCCAUCAAGACUGCUACCGUUGAGUUCGAAGGGUUCAAGAUCCCGAACCAAGCGUUCAUCCAACAAUCAGUAGACAGCGAACAUACGGAGGGGGGCGGCAUCAUCGGUCUUGGCCCCAGCAGCGCGUCGGAAAUCCGCGGGGCCCUAGGUAACAGUGGAGGUGACCCUGUUCUCGACCGAAUAUUCAAACAGAACACGAACACGUCGAACUACAUAACCAUUCUGCUGGGACGCGCCGGAGAUCCUACCGACACCUUCGCAGGGGACAUCACCGUUGGGGAGACUGUCUCGCCUUUUGACAAUGUCACGAGCCAGCCAAAGCUUCCCGUCACGGAGAUGUCGAAUCGGGGCGGACAGCACUGGACGGCAAUGCUCGACAAGAACGGGAUAAUCGGUCCUGACGGAAACCGGAUUAACACGACUAAGCACGCAACGGGAAACAAGUUGACGGUCAUGUUCGAUUCCGGCUUCACAUUCCCUCAAGUAUCCGCGAACAUUGCCAACCAAAUAUACGGCCGCGUACCCGGGGCCGUCUUGGCGAAUGUCUCUGGAGGAUCCGCCCCAAUGUGGACGCUCCCAUGCUCUACAGAGUUGAACGUCACCUUCAAUUUCCAGAACGUCUCUUUUCCCAUCCACCCGCUCGACACCGUUACGAGCGCACUGCAGGGUCCUCCAGAUAGCUCUGGAAAACCCACCUGCGUGGGUGCCUUCCAGCCGAUCACGACCAACAUCCAGGGCUUUGACAUCAUCCUGGGCAUGUCCUUCCUGCGCAACGCGUACAUGCUCAUCAACUUCGGCGACUUCGUCGAUGGCUCGCUCGCCAAAGUCGGCGACCCGUACAUUCAGCUUCUCCCCCUCACCGACCCCGCCGAGGCGCACGCGGACUUCGUCAAGAUCCGCAUGGACGGUAUCGACAAGAGCGCGGACCUGCACCUGCUUCCAGCCCUUCCGGACAGCGGCGACGACGGCAGCAGCCGCGAUGACCGGUCUAGCCAGGACACGCUGCACAAGUACCUGCCGUACAUCAUCGCGGGCAGCGUGGCGGUGGGGGUGAUCAUCCUGAUACUCAUCAUCGCCGCGUCGUACCGCGCGUCGACCAAAAGGAAGUACCGUCGCUUGCAUGACCCCGCCCCUGCUGGGCUCCCUGCGUCCAACAGCGAUCCAUUCCAGAACUACCAGCCUACUCGUCGUUACUGAUCGUUUCUCGGCCCGGAUUCUGCUUCAUCGUUCCUUCCGCAUCGGGACUAUCUCAGAUCAUGCUUGCUGUGACUUUGCUUUCAUCUACGGACGGUGGUAUCAUGUACAGGAACACACAAUUGAAUACAUACAUCAUAACUUUACUACCGCAGCGACCAAUCCGUCGUAUGCGCUUGAAGGGUCUUCACGCAUUCGGCACGGCCCACGACGGAGGCUACUCUCCUGUCACUUCAUCCUUGGUCGCUGAAGAGCUUUCCCAGGAUCAUUCAUGCCUAUGACUCACCAGAAUUGCAUAUCUUAUCACUACAAAACCUCGUCAUGCUUCUCGAGUCCAUCGCGACCAUGAACCCACGCGGAUCGCCCUGUCCGGGAAGCGUCGGAGGAUAACGACGACGGUCGUGCGAAUAGCUGCGAAAGGCGCGCUGAGGCCGGACAGAAAGAUGCACUCACCGGAA